CUUCCGGGUCGCGGUGCUUGCAGGGAGCGCUCUGCGAGUAGCGUCGUUUCCGUUGCCGGCUGUUUGCAGUUGGGGAAACCGAGGCAGACUUCAGCUCCCCAUAGUUCUUCCGCUCCUGUGAGGAAAAAAAUGUUUAUUUCUUUGUGGGAGUUCUUCUAUGGGCACUUUUUUCGAUUUUGGAUGAAAUGGCUCUUACGACAGAUGACUGGAAAGUGUGAAUUGCAGCGAAUUUUUGAUACCUGUGUAGGUGCACAAAGGACACACAAGAUAGAAAAUUCCUUGACAUACUCCAAGAAUAAGGUUUUACAGAAAGCGACACUUGUUGUUCAGAGUGAAGUGGACAGAUGUGUAGAUGACAUAAUGAAGGAAAAGAAUAUCAGCCCUGAGAAGGAUGCCAGUUUUAAAAUCUGCAUGAAGGCAUGCUUACUGCAGAUAUCCGGUUAUAAACAGCUCUAUUUGGAUGUCGAAAGUGUGAGGAAAAGGCCAUAUGAUUCUGAUAACCUGCAACAUGAAAAGCUGCUUCUCAAGCUUUGGGAUCUUCUGAUGCCCACGGAAAAGCUGAAGGCUAGAAUCUCCAAGCAGUGGGCUGACAUUGGUUUCCAGGGGGAUGAUCCCAAAACAGACUUCCGAGGCAUGGGCAUGCUUGGACUAAUCAACCUUGUAUAUUUCAGUGAAAAUUACACCAGUGAAGCUCAUCAGAUUCUUUCCCGUUCAAAUCAUCCAAAACUAGGGUAUUCUUAUGCAAUAGUUGGAAUCAAUCUGACAGAGAUGGCUUAUAGCUUGCUGAAGAGCGAAGCUUUAAAGCUUCAUCUCUACAACUUUGUUCCUGGUGUCCCGACAAUGGAACACUUCCACCAGUUCUACUGUUACCUCGUCUAUGAGUUUGACAAGUUUUGGUUUGAAGAAAAGCCAGAAAGCAUUAUGUAUUUCAACAUAUAUAGAGAGAAGUUUCAUGAAAAGAUUAAAGGACUCUUACUGGAUUGUAAUGUAUCACUUACUUUAAACAUAUGAAUCAUACCUAGUAUCUUCUAUUUCUACCACAUUUUGCACACACGACAGAAUUUAUAUGUUGUAAUAGAAAUUAUCUGAUCAAUGACACUGCUUAUAUAUACUUUCCUACAGAAAUAGUUCAGAAAUUCUAUUUAAGAAAGCUAGCGGACAAUCAGUGUAUGUUUACAGUCGUCUGUACACUGUCCUCCAAAGGCACCGUGACCUUCCAAAGAGCCCUCGAGAGAGCCGUGUGGACUCCAGUUUGGAACUUGGGAUUUAGCCUGUUUAGUAUAAAAGUACCAAUCAGGUAUUCGUAUUAAAUUGGUUGAUUAAAAUGUGUAAAAAUCAGUUUUCGCUUUUAUGUGUUGUAACUUUCAAGUUGGUAUCUUUGCGAAGCUCUUAAGUAUUUUUGUUUUCGAGUUUAGAAAUGAUCGCUCUUUAUUUUCUUUCUCUUGUUUUAUGCGUAAGUUAAUUAACAGGGAGAAUAGUUCUUUGUGACUGUCUUUGCGUCUCAGUCACACGUCAGCGUUGCUUCAGUGCGAGCAUAGGUGCGUCAGAGAUCGGAGGAUCAUGGCCUUGUGGAUCUCUCCGAUUAUUCAGCGUAAUAGAUAAUAAGAGAAUGACAGUAUUGGUGACUAGCUUUUUUUGUUAUUUUAAAGCUUAAGGACAUUUUCUUAUUUUCGAUAUUUGCUUUCUGUCACUUAUAGAAAAGAACCUUAGUUAGUGCUUGGUGUGAGAGCUUUUUUGGGGGCUUCUCUACUUGCAUGUGUUUAUGGAAAGAGAUAUUUGCUAAGAAGAUCUUGAUUGUAUUCAAAGGACAGUUGUUUCAAUAAAGCUGUCUUUGAACUCGAGCAAGAAGAAAACAUAAAGCUUUUUAAAAGUCUCCAUUAAACAUCGCUGGUUUAUUUUACUUACCAUUAACUCUCACCUCCCUGGUGUUUCCGGAUGGAGAUGUGUGGACUUUGUGGAUAUUCUCCGAGCUAACAAUCUGUGGGAUGCUGAAGCAGCCUGAGGGUGAUGAUUGUGCAUUUUGUAUGGUUUUAUUCUCCCAAAGUCUCAGGAAGGCAGCAAGUAUGUCAAGGAUUAUAUAGUGAUGAGAGUCCAAUGGGAACAAUUUCUUCUUUGUGUGUUUUAGACAUUUGUACUCAUGGCAGAAUUAAGAAAGUUUAAAGAUAGGUUCAUCUGAUUACUAAGUUCUCUCUAAAUCCCACGGAAACCAGCCUGUUAAAGACAUAAUUUAAUCUAAAACAUGAAGAUAGCUGGUAAUCUUUUAACAUGGCAUGUAUCGGGUGUUUAAGGACUAGCUCUUAUGUGAUGUAUCAAGACCUGAGACUUUGAAGUAUUUAUUCAUUUUUGUUGACAAAGCUCUUCAAACUUGCAAAGAAUGGUAAAAGAAAAAAAAAUCUGAUUGGAAAAUAACAGAUGCAGUGUUGCUAUGCAGUGUUGAUAGAUUAAAAGCGCCUGCAUUAAAAGUAUGAUUUUCUCAAUAAGAUAAAACUGUUUUUAAAAUUGGGUUCAUUUUAUUCCAAUAGUGGCAGUUUAGCUAUCCAGUAUUAUAUCAAUUUAGAAAUUGGUUUCUUGUAGGGGAGUUCUCAACCUUGGGAGUAUCUUAGCCUAAUUUUUAAAAGUAUUUUUAAUGCUUUAUCAUCCAGCUGGAGUUCUAUGAGAAGUAGCAAAAUCCUGAUAAAGAUCAAGUGUUAACUAUUAAAGUUCAUUUUAUCAAGGUGUUUACUAUUACCUGGAAAAUAAUCCUGUUAGUCUUUUAAUUUUUGUGCUGAAAAUACUCAUCUUUAUAUUUUGAUCUUUCAACAGCUGAGAUAUUGAACUGAUUUAAACCUGUCAGUAUGCUUAAUAAAACAAUGACUCAAGUAUGGAAAUGGACACUUUUUAAAUAAUUUUUUCUCUUUCUAGGGAGGAAAAAAAAUCUUUUUAAUAAUAUUUUUAAAAUAUCAUUAGAAUGUUUGCUCACUAAUAUGUUCUUUAAACCCACCUCUGUUUGUACAAUAUAGAUGUUGUUCUGUUUUUGCUGAAAAUAAUCACUAACUGUUUCAGAUAGUUCGAUAGUGAAUUGGUCUAAAAGCCACCAACAAAUUCUAAGGAUUGAUAGCUUGGAAGCCAAGCUAAGUGUCACCAGUUGUAAAUUAGUAUGUAACGUGAGCCUUCUGACUUUUAUGUGAUAAGCGACAUAGAUGAAAAGAAAAAUGUGAUAAUUGUAUCUGCUUUCCUACUUUUCCUUGCUUUCAACAUAUGUAUGUUAGAAUUUUAUGUAGUCUUAAAAUCCAUAUUUAGAAUCUUACCUUUUUCUAUAGUAAUAACUACCAGAGUAGCAAUAGAACGAAGUAGUGGGAGAAUUAUCUUUGUUUUAGCAUCAAAAAAGUGAAUCAGCGUUGAAAUGAAUUUUUGUGUGUGCCAGAUUAAAGAGAGUGUGCCAGUGACAAGAAUGGUCUAAAAAUAUAAGUACGGUGGUUGUAGUUCAAAUAUGUUCCGAAAGACAAUCUUUAAAGAAUGGGAGAAAUCAGGGGAUAUCAAUAUGGUGGUAGAGUUAGAUAUACAAAUCAGUGUCUUACUGGCACCAGUUACGCUUUAGAAAACAGAAUCUUUUUUCUUGAAAAUGCCCAUCCUGAUUUCUAUUUAAGAGCUACUUGGAUUUGUAUGUAUUUUUCUAUGUGAAAAUAUGUGUACUCUUCAUUCUUAUUCCAACGUUCAUAAUUGUUUUAUGUACCAUUUCUCUCCUUUGCGUUCGGUCAGAUAGAACUUGGUCAAAUAUCUGCUCAAAGGAGCAGCAUUGCACGAGUGUGUAAAGUGGAAAGCUCGAGCGAGAGCAGAGAAGAUGGCUCAUUGUCCUGGCACAGAAGAGGAGAGGUUUGGCUCUGAGGGCAACUAUCCUUGUUUACUGUCCUUCUUGAAUUACUGAUGGGGGAGCAACAGUGAUUUUCUCAGGAUAAAUGGUCUACCCACCUUCUCUAUGAAUAAGUCUGGGGAGGCUUAAUUUAAUUUUCACAUAUAUGAACCUCUUCGCAUCAGCAAUUUGUUCAUGAAAAUUCAUGGAAUUGUUAAGAAUCUGAGAGAAAUCAUGAGUGAGCUUUUUUCUUUUCCCCCUAGCUUCAGCUUUUGACAAGAAAAAUUUUAAAUGUAAUGCAGGUAAGACCCAACUAUUGCGUUACUAUGAGAGGGUGAUUCUAUGUUUGAAUACUGUUCAGAUAUUCAAAAACUAUUUAAGCGAUAGCUUUUCUGGUGGAAAAAGUGCUGGUUGACAACCUAAAGAAAUAGAUUUUUAUCUACUUCGGAUAAAGCAAUUAACUUCUUAUGUAAAAGCAAUAGCUGAAAUGUGAUGUCGUUUUGUUGGGAAUGUUGUGAGCAAAUAAAAAACACGUUCAAACUGU